AUGAAUGCAGAUCAUAAAUGGCAAGUGCCAUUAUCUGAAAAACAAAAAUUAGAUUUGGAUAAAUCUAUUAUAGAAUAUAUAGAUUGGCAUUUUAAUAAUGAUAGGAAUAAUAAUAAUUCAGGAUCUGAUAUAAUAUCAAGAGGCCAUUUGAUUCAAAAUUUAAAUAAAUUAUUUCGAAUACCAAAUGAGAAUAAUGACAAAGUUGGUAAGAAUACAGGACAUUCUAAUGAAGUAGUGGUUGAUUCACAUCCUAAACAGUUAUUGUUGCCAAGGAAGUGGGAUUCUAUCGUGCAAUUACAAAGAAAGAUCAUGACAUUAGAAUCAACCAUUAAGCAACUAAAUAUUCAAUUGGAUAGUCUAAAAGAUCAAGUAAACAAAACAUCACAUGAUAAUGCACUUGUCCUGAAUAAUAAUAAUAAUAGCAAUAGCAUGUCUUUAUGGAUUCCAAAGAGUUCGAUUUUCAAUUCAUUGACAGUCGAAUCCUCGAUUACAGCAAUUAAACUACAUCCAUUUUUACCUAUUGUUAUAAUUGGCACAAAUCAUGGAAAAUUAUACUUAUUUGAUAUUCUAAAUACUUCUUUACCUUUGUUAUCAAUCAAUGCACAUACUACUGCAAUAACUUCAAUUGAUGUUACAAUAAAUAAUGGAGUUGUAUCUGAUCAAAAGUAUUCAACUGAUUCUAGCAAUGAUGAUAACAGUGAUACUAGUACUAGUAACAAAAACUCUAUUAUUAUUGUCACAUCUUCCAAAGAUAUGAGUAUUAGAGUAUGGGAAUGGAAUUCAAUUAAUCCAGCAUCAUAUCAAUUAUUCAAAACUUUAAUGGGCCAUGAUCAUAUUAUAUCGCAAAUUAAAUUAUUUUUUUUCCAUGGAAAUAGUGGAAGCAAUGAUAACAACAACAACAACAACAAUAAUAAUAAUAAUAAUAACACUAGUAGUAAUGAUAAUAGCAAUACUCUUCUAUUAGUAUCUUGUUCUAGAGAUAAUACGAUUAAAAUAUGGAAUAUACAUAACGGUUGGUGUAUUAAAUCAAUUAAUAACGCACAUUCAGAUUGGAUUAGAUCUAUUGACGUAUUUGGUGAAUAUAUUUUAUCAGCAGGCCAUGAUACUAGUGUUAGGUUAACUCAUUGGCCUACAGGGAAUGGACUCUCUAUAGGAGUUAGUCAUAAUUUUCCAAUUGAAAAAGUUAAGUUUAUACCAAUAAUAAACAAAAAUAAUACAAACACUGCAUCCCUUUCUUCCACUACCUUCAGUGUGUUGAAUUACAGAGAAAAUAUUUAUAAUAAUAAGAUGGGAUUCAAAUAUUGUUUAACAGCCGGAAGAGACAAUCUUAUAAAAAUGUGGGAAAUACCAACACCAAAGUUCACUACAAGCGGUGCACCAAUACCGAAUAUAAAUCAAGAUGAUAAUCGUUUUACAAUGGUUAAAGAAUUCAAAGGACAUACCUCAUGGGUGAGAGAUUUAAAAGUUUCUUAUUCGAAUCCAGUUUUUUUCUCUUGUAGUGAUGAUAAAUCCAUACGUUUGUGGAAUUAUGAAAAUGGUAAAGCAAUUAAAAUAUGGGAGAAUUACCAUUUAAGUUUUGUUAAUUGUAUUGAUAUGGAUUCGUUUAUGAAUCCUCAAAAUUCAAGAAAAUUAUUAGUUUCUGGUGGUCUUGAUUGUAAUUGUAACAUUUUAAUGAAUUAA